UGGAUGAAUCCCGCCGCCGUGACAGCCUGGUUAGCGGCAUUAAUGUUGGAAUCGGAUCACUUUUCUGCAUCAUCCGCAGCCAUUUUUUGCUUUUCUCUACCUCCUCAAACCGCCCAUUGGGAUCUCAAUUUUACAUAAGAUUCCGUUGCAGACUCCGGCGUUCCAGGGGAGGACUUGGUAGCAAAAGAAAGUUGUUGACAAACAACGGGGAAUUGUUUGCGGGGUCAAGUGAAAGAAAUGGGUUCUGAAGGACCAAGUGGGGUUACAAUUCAUGUGACUGGAUUUAAGAAAUUCCAUGGGGUUGCUGAAAAUCCUACCGAGGCUAUUGUCAGUGACUUGAAGGCUUUCGUAGAAGAAAAAGGGUUACCUGCUGGUGUCACUCUUGGAAGUUGUACAGUUCUUGAUGCUGCUGGAGAUGGUGCUCUUCCAGUGCUCCAAAAAGUUUUGGAAUCUGGCGUCUCAAAUGUCACUGAAACCAACAAAGUCGUAUGGCUUCAUUUGGGUGUCAAUAGUGGUUCAACGAGGUUUGCUAUUGAAUGGCAAGCUGUGAAUGAAGCUACUUUCCGUUAUGCAGAUGAACACGGAUGGCAGCCUCAGAAACUUCCAAUAGUCUCCGAGGAUGGGGAAAUCUCAAUGAUUAGAAAGACAUCCUGCUCAGCACUGGUGAUCUUAGAGAAGUUGAAGGCGAAAAGCUAUAACGUGAUAUUAUCAACGGAUGCGGGUCGUUUUGUUUGCAAUUAUGUAUAUUACCACUCCCUCAGAUUUGCAGAACAGAAGGGUCACAAAUCAUUGUUUGUCCAUGUUCCUCUGUUUUCAAAAAUCGACAAAGAAACCCAGAUGCGUUUCAUUCACUCACUUUUAGAAGCCAUUGCGUCUACAUGUUAAAAAUUGUUUUCAUUUCCUGUGUUUGCUCCAUCAUUUCUAUAAAUGUUCAUCUCCAAGUUGUGAAAUUCUGUUUCUUGCAAGUAAGGGGCUUUCAUUAUUAUACCCUAUUGAAUCCUAUCCACUUCCCCAAAAAACAGAAAAAAAAAAGGAAUAAAUCUACAUGAUUGUUUGUUGUGCA